GCUCCUCGCUGCUGCGCAGAGGGAGCAGGAAUUACAACGGUAAACGGCACCCUUAGCCACUAAGCUAAUCCCCGCCGUUCCCCGUGAUCGUUUAGUGAACGGUCCACUCAUAAACUGAAAGAUGACCGGCUCAAAUGAGUUCAAGCUUAACCAGGGACCUGAUGACAGCAUCUCUGCAGUGAAGUUUAGUCCCACCUCUUCUCAGUUCCUGUUGGUCUCCUCUUGGGAUUCAACUGUCCGCCUGUAUGAUGUUGGUGGGAACUCCAUGAGGAUGAAGUACCAACAUCUGGCGCCCGUGCUUGACUGCGCCUUUUAUGAUCCUACACAUUCUUGGAGUGGCGGACUUGAUAACCAAUUAAAAAUGCAUGACUUGAAUACAGAUCAAGACACAAUUGUUGGAACACAUGAUGCACCCAUUCGAUGUGUGGAGUACUGCCCAGAGGUCAAUGUCAUGGUAACAGGCAGUUGGGACAUGUCUGUGAGGCUGUGGGACCCCCGCACCCCCUGCAACGCUGGCACUUUCACCCAACCUGAAAAGGUAUAUACCCUGUCUGUGGCCGGAGAUCGUCUGAUCGUGGGGACGGCUGGACGAAGGGUGCUUGUCUGGGACCUGAGGAACAUGGGAUACGUUCAGCAGAGACGGGAGUCCAGCCUUAAAUACCAGACCCGCUGCAUACGGGCCUUCCCCAACAAACAGGGCUACGUCCUGAGUUCGAUCGAAGGCAGAGUGGCCGUGGAGUACCUGGACCCAAGUCUGGAGGUGCAGAAGAAGAAAUAUGCCUUUAAAUGUCACAGGCUGAAGGAAAACGGGAUAGAGCUGGUGUACCCGGUCAACGCCAUCUCAUUCCACAGCAUCCACAACACCUUUGCCACCGGUGGCUCAGACGGCUUUGUGAACAUCUGGGACCCAUUCAAUAAGAAGCGUUUGUGUCAGUUCCACCGCUACCCCACCAGCAUCGCCUCGUUGGCCUUCAGCAAUGACGGAUCUCUACUGGCCAUUGCCUCCUCCUAUAUGCAGGAACAGGGGGAUAUCUCCCACCCUGCAGACGCCAUCUAUAUCCGCCAGGUCACAGAUGCAGAGACUAAACCCAAGUCAACCUGAGGCCUCUUCUCAUUGGAUGGACUUUGAGGAAUACGUUCCUGAAGUUUCCACUCUGAAAAUGUUCUGCUGGCAUCCAGUUGUUCAUAAAUGCUUCCCCUGCCCUCCUUUUCCCUGUUCUUUUCUUCGUAUUGUCUAUUUUGUUCUGUCUUUGUCAUUAACAAGAUGUUAAUGUAAAUUUUCCUAUGCCAGUCUUAUAUUCUAGUAUUUGUAGCCAAAAAUGGCCCUGUGUAUAUUUUCUCUUUAUCAAAAAUGUCAUUUAAACAUCCUGAUUUUGAAGUGUUACACUCUUCUAAUAAAACAGUUAAAAAACAAA